AUUUUAUUAACAUAUAUGUUAUCCUUCAUAAUUAUAUUUAUUUUUACGAGACUCGGAUUUGUAACACCGGCGAUUCUGUGACUAUAAAAUAAAUAAUAUUGGUAAGAUCUCUUUUAAAAUUGAUUGUGCAUCAAAACAAAUAAUACCAUCGCUUCUACAAAAGUUCCAGCUUAUUUUCAAGAUGAAAGUUGUUGCUCUUUGCCUCUUCUGUGUAACAGUUACCGUAUAUGCAGUUACUGAAUGUCCCAGUUACCACGGAGUUGGAGUUUUAAAGGUAGGAGAAGAAAAAACUGUCCCAGGAACAUGUACUCUGGCCAUUUGUAAUGAAGAUGGAGGUAUUUCCAAAAAAGCAUGUUCUGAAUUUAUUGAACCUCCUAAUUGUGAAUACGUUCCAGAAGACUUAUCAAAACCAUAUCCAGAAUGUUGUCCAACGUUUAGGUGUCCCUUAUAGUGACAAAAUUACAAUUUAAAUCACUUUUAUAAUUGUAAAUUUGAAACAAUAUAUAUUUUUACUGCAACAAAAAAAAACUUAUUUAUUUCUUU